CCUUGACGAGUGGAUAACCGAAGGCUCACUCUGAUCACAGAGCAGCAGCGGGAAAGCUGUAACACUACUGCCGCAAAAAUAACUCAAAUCACCCGCCGAAUGGCGAUGCAGUAAGUCGGUUAACAGCUUCUUCCCAUGAACACGGCUGCCACAAAUGCAGCAGGAGCGCUGUUCUUCCUCCGACAGGCCUCUGGAUCCAGGCAGUCUGCUGGAAUGCGACGCCGAGCGGAGCGCGGACCGGCUCGGUUGCGCCGCGGUGGAUUUCCCGGUAGCUGUAGUUCUUCCCGCCGGUGGCUCUGGGGAACGAAUGGGACUGGCCACACCGAAACAAUUCUGCACUAUUCUCAACAGACCUCUGAUAAGCUUCACGAUUCAAGCGUUUGAGAGAUUAUCAUGGAUUGGAACUGUUGUCGUUGUGGUUGCUAAGGAGAAUCAUGACUUGAUGCUGAAUAUUGUCCAGAAAUUUAAUCACACAAAGGUAAAAGUAGUCCACGGGGGAACCACCAGACACAGGUCUAUCUUCAACGGGCUUCAGGCCUUCAGCAGCACUACAGACUCACUGACGCCCAAACCAAAAGUGGUCAUCAUCCAUGAUGCUGUACGGCCGUUUGUGGAAGAAGAUCUUCUGUUGAAAAUCACCCUAGCAGCUAAAGAGCAAGGGGCCUCGGGAGCGAUACGUCCUCUGGUGUCCACAGUCAUUGCAACCACGUCAGAGGGCUACCUGGACCACUCGCUGGAGAGAGCAAAGUACAGAGCCAGUGAAAUGCCUCAAGGAUUUCUUUAUGACAUUAUUUUCCAGGCCUACCAGCGGUGCAGUGAAUUUGACUUUGAGUUUGGCAGCGAGUGCCUACACUUGGCCCUGCAGUACUGUGGCACGAAUGCAAAGCUCAUAGACGGACCACCGACUCUGUGGAAAGUAACAUACAAGCGAGAUCUAGCAGCUGCGGAGGCUAUUAUUAAAGAGACUCUUUCAAUGUCAGCAUGUAUCAUCGCAGGAGCGGAAGCAGAAGCUGUUGAGUUGGCCAAAGCACUUCAGAAAAAUCUGAAAAUGAUGGAGACAGACGUCAUUCCUUGUGCAAAGGAAAGUAAUACAGAGUACCUGUCCAAAACCCGAAACUUUAUUCACAUAUCUACGACUGCUUCGAACUUCUCGGGGACCCUGGACAUGGUGAAACGUUUUGAAGAUAUCGACCACGCUCGUUUAUACCCAGUAGUUGUUGUUUGGGUACAGCUGAACAUGACAAAUCAGUCUGUCGACAGCCAAAAGACAGAAGAGUUAAGAGCCUUCAGGAGUCUGGCCUCUGAAGUCAUACUGGGAAAUGUUCUGCUCUAUGGAAUUCAGAUUGAUCACACCAAGGUGCCAGAGCAGUGGGAGAGAUCUGUGGAGAGACUCGCUGAAAUCACAGUCGCCCUCAUCAGAGACAGAAACGCUGCUCUCACUGGACAGCUGCUUCAUGCCUGAGACUGAAGCAUGAGAAGAUGUGUUACAGUAGAUGCCCAGGGUACGGCCUGUGGACUCACAAAGACAGAAGCACGGGAUCUAAAAGAUCAAAAAACAUUUGCAAAUGAAGGCAUAUCAGUAUUAAAUAAAUUACAAACAAUGAGUGACAGUGAGGCUAACGGUCAUUGUUUGUAUCAACUGAUUCAAUUGAUUCUUUAGCUAAGAUUUCAAGGUAGAAGUUUUUAACUCAGAAUUUACCUAGGCAAAUGUACAUCAGUACAGGCACAAUCAAACACCUCUCUGAAUCCUUACAAAUAUUUCAUUGUAAAAAAUACAUUUUG